CCGCCCGGGGGCGGAGGAACCGGCCGGGUCCCCCCAGCCGGAGCCGGGGGAGCGGCCCGCGAGAGGCCGAGGGCGCCCGGGCGGAUCAGGGCUUCGCAGCGCGCAGGGCUCCCCGGCCCGACGGGCGCGCAGCGGCAGCGCCCGCCCUGCCCUGCCCGGAGCGGCUGGUGCCCGGGCGGGGGGAUGCCGUUCCCGGGCGGGCUCUGGUGGCUGGUGUGUUGCAGACAGGGCUUCACCCUGCUCCGGCGGGACUAUGGCGAGCCGGACAAGGAGCCGGACGGGGAGGCCGAGGAGGAAUCGUCCUUCGAGCUGCGGAGCAAAGGGGCCCAGGGGCCGCUGCAGCUGAGCCUGACCCAGCCCGUCCGCACCAGCAGCGGCUCCGAACGGUCUCUGCCGGCCUCGGAGGAGAUGCGCAGCCUCAUCACGGAGAAGGGGCCAGGGCCGGGGCCAGUGGAGGAGGAUCCUGAUGCCAUCGUGAAAGGCUGGCUGCAGAGGGAGGCGCGGGGGGGCGUGAAGGGCCCGUGGAUCCGGCCCCGGAAAUACUGGUUUGUGCUGACCCAGGACUCCCUGGAUUACUACAGCGGCAGCGAGGUGGGAGCCAGGCGCCUGGGGACCCUGGUGCUCACCAGCCUCUGCUCCGUGCAGUGGCCCGACAAGCAGACCUACAAGGAGACCGGCUACUGGAGCGUGACGGUGUUUGGCCGGAAACACUGCUACCGCCUGUACAGCGAGCACCUGAACGAGGCCGUGCACUGGGUGUGUGCCGUGCAGAAGGUGAUUCACAGCAAGGCCCCCGUGCAGACGCCCACGCAGCUGCUCAUGCACGACAUCGAGGAGAACCGCGGGAGCCCGGAGAUCCUGGAGCAGAUCUAUCGCUGCAACCCGGUCCUGCGCUACACCAGCAGCCCGCUCUAUGCGCCCCUGCUGCCCUUCCCGUACGGCAGCUCCGACCAAAGCGCCCCCAGCCCCCACGGCUACAUGACCCUGCGUGACGAGGCCGUGAAGCUCUUCAACUCCCUGCAGCAGCUGGAGUCGGAGCGAGACCCGGUGCCCCUGAUCCAGGGCGUCCUGCAGACCUGCCUGGAUCUGCAGCCCCUGGUUGACGAGAUCUACUGCCAGCUGGUCAAGCAGACCACGGAGCCGCCGGCGCCCGGGGGGCCUGGCAACCUGCGCUACUGGCAACUGCUCACCUGCAUGAGCUGCACCUUCCUGCCCUCCCCGCCUGUCCUGCGCUACCUGCGCUUCCACCUGGGCAGGACGGAGCGCGAGUUCCCUGGCUCGGAGAUGGCGGAGUACGGGCGCUUCAUCGCGGCGGCCCUGGACAAGACCCAGGUGCGGGAGUGCGUCCCCUCGCUGGACGAGAUCGUGGUACUGAUCCAGCGGCAGGACAUGCUCUGCACUGUGCACUGCCCUGGUACCUCCGCCUGCACCGUGGCCAUCAGCUCCCACACCACGGCCGAGGAGGUGGCCCGAGAGCUGGUGGCUCGGCUGGGCUUGUCUCAGAGCCCCAACGUCUUUGCACUCUACGAGCAGAGUCGGCACCACGAGCGGCCCGUGGGCAGGGCCACGCUGGUGGCCGACGUCCUCACCAGGUUUGAAAACCUGGCAGGGGAGGAGACGACGCAGGACUCGACCUGGAGACUCUGCUUCAAGCACUACGGCUUCCUGGACACGGAGAACGUGCCCCGGGACAGCGUGGAGUUCGCCCUCCUCUUCGAGCAGGCGCACGAGAUGGUGAUCCGGGGCUACGUGCCCACGUCGGAGGACACGCUGCAGUCCCUGGCCGCCCUGCGCCUGCAGAGCCUCAACAGUGACUUCUCCACGCACGCCCCCGUGCCCCGCCCGGAGGAGCUCUUCCCCGUCCACGCGCUGCACUCCCGCCUCCGGGCCUCCUGCCAGGGCCCGCCCAGGUGCCCCGGCGCCCGCCUGCGCGCGGGGCUGCUGGCCGGCGCCCUGCCUUGGGGCCACUCGCUGGCCAAGCAGCGGGCGGAACAGGACCAGAAGCUGCGGGGCCGCCUGCGCGAGGAGGGCGCCAGCGUGAUGGCUGCCAUUGUGGACAGGUGGAAGCUGCUGCAGGGCAUGGGCCGGGCCGAGGCCAUGGCCGCCUACCUGGCACUGGUGCGGGAGUGGCCAGGAUUCGGCUCCACCCUCUUUGACGUCGACUUCCACACGAGCCCGGAGGGCAGCUGCCUCCAGCGCCUGUGGCUGGGCGUCGGGGCCAAGGCCGUGUCUCUGUACAAGCCCGGGGAGGCCGAGCCCUUCGACAGCUUCUGCUACGGCCGCAUCUCGUCCUUCGGGGUGUCUGACAGCAGCACCUUCCACCUCUCCGUGGGGGACAGGGACCUGCUCUUCGAGUGCUCCCGGGUGGAUGAGAUCGCCCAGCUCCUGCACACGUACCUCACCAGCCUGGGCACCGGGCAGACGCCCCCGCGGGAGGAGCUGGCCGACGGCUGCCGCCCUGGGGACUCACUGGACUCGGGCCUUCCUCCCCCGCAGCAGAGACUGUGCCCAGCAAGCGCGCCCUGGCGGGGCCAGCCCAGCGCAGGCUCCUUCCCCAUCUAGCUUGCUGGCCCCGUGUGCCAGCCCAGGUGACGUGCCCUUUGGUGGGCCACUCCUGCACCAGCAGUGGCCCUGGUGGGUACAGGGGGCCGGGGCCGCCCGCCAGCACUGUGAGAAUCCUGGGGAUCCGGGACAUCGGCUGCUGGGGUCUGGUUUGGGCCCCGGGGUCAGAGCCCUGGAACUACAUGGUCCGGAGGAGUUGGACAUCCAGUGUGGCAUCUAUAGCCCCUGGCUCUGAGCAGGGGUGGAGGGCGGGGGGCGGGCAGAGACUCGCUCCCCCCACUCAGCUGUUGGGUUGCUAGUUUAUUUCCUUAAUUUAUUUGUAGACAUGCCAGCUCCCUGCACUCUCCCUGGCACCCCCAGCUGGGUGCUGUGGGUGCCCAGCCUGGCGGGAACGUGCCAGACGCUGCUUGGCACCUUAUUCCUGGCUCUGGCUUGGGGCGCUGGUGUUGGUGCCUUGCCGGCUCGGGGGGACGUUGCCGUGACACGACUGGUUUGUUGUGCCCGUCCCUGCCCGGGCUGGGGAUUCGCCCUUGCAAGUCCUGCUUGGCUGGUGGGAAAGGUGGGGGUGCCCGCCGGGAUCGCCCAUGCAGCCCCUGGGUUCUGGUGAUGACCUGGGCACCAGCACAGGUGGGCCAGGCUGUGCAGCUGCUUGGGGGCCCUGAGGCUGGCCAGUUGCUGCGGGGGUGGGGUUGGCAGUCUGUUUGCUAGGACCAUGGGUGGGAGGUGCAGAGGCUGUGGUGACUUCUCCCAGCACUUGAAGGGUUAAGGGGCCUCUCUCAGGGCUGCCUGCCUGGGGCCGAGCUCCCUGUGGGCAGGUGCUGGGUGGCGUUCGCAGGUGCCUUCACGCUGCUCUGUGCUCUGGCACCGGGCCCCCCGCAGAGCAGAUCCCUGCCCUGGGCCCACUGGUAACUUGCAGUGAGUUUCCCCAGGGCUCCAGAGCGCUGGCAGCGGCAGUAUCCUGCCUUCCACCCCCAUCCGUCUGUCUGUCCUGUGCACCAAGCACCUUCCCCCUCUCUGCCCCAGAAAGCUGCAGGCGGCCUCUGAGUGGCGGCUUGUUCCCGCGUGGGCCUGUCUCUGUGCUGUGGUGUGCUGGCCAGGCUGCCCUAGAGAUGCACUAGCUCCAUGUUGGGGGGGCCCUUCAUGGGAGCGGGGGCUCAGGCCUCUCUCUGUCUUGCCUCUGUAAAGUUCCUGUUCUUGUUUUUGUAAUAAACACCCAAGGAAAGUGCA